UGCCUUUAUUUUUAUUUUUAAUUUUGAUAUAUUUUUCAUUGAUUUUAGUCUUUAAAUAUGCUAUCAGUCAUCGAUUAUGUUCACCAUGUAAAAUCUUCUCUGCAGGAUGGUUUGCCAAGGAUCAUACUAUUCUUCGACGUGUUGGGCAUGUGUUGUUGCAACUUCCUUAUGCGCCUCCACGCAAUCCUAGACAAGUAAUUAUAGCUGAUGAUUGCUUUCAACUAGGAAAGAUUCCCGCUGAAAGGAUUGUUCAAGUUGUUAUUAAAUCCACGGAGAAGAUUUUUGGAAGACAAAUAUUAAAGCAUGAAAAUCUUGGAGACUAUUUAAGUUCGAAAGUACCAAGCUUGAAAGUUUUCCAAAGCAAGCAAAUAAAUGGGCAAUCAAAAACUUCAUCACUUGGGUCCCUUGCAACUGUCAUGCAGAUUUUUCAAAGACACGAGUUUAGAAAUAAUCACGAGGAGUGGAUCAACUUGGCGAAGCCUGUUUUGGAUCCUGAUAUCUCAUCAAUUUUUCAAGAAACGCCUGAUACAACUGGUAUUGAUGUUGAAAAUUGUAAAGCAAUUAGGAGCGAGAUGCGUUUAGCUCUCAACGCUUUAUUGAAGGAUAAAAUGAUGGAGUUAAGGGGUCAACAUCCUCCAAAAGAACUGUCUGAUAAAGAGAUUAUGGAGCGUGUACUUGGACGUGAUUCGGUAUACUUGCGAGGGCGGGGGCGGUCUCCUAGUGUCACAACUUUUACUUCACAUCGUGAAAAUAUUGUGGGUAAUCAACCAACUUAUGAAGAGUUAGCUGAACGACUUAAUGAUACAACUUCCUGCCUUAAUGCUACUAACGAAAAACUUAGUGUGGUUGUGGAUAUACUUCGUCAUAAGAAUUUGAUGGCACCGCCUCCACCACCUCCAACAGACCAAGCUUCAGAUGCAAAUUUAAGAGAGUCGCCAUCUAUUUCAGUUCGGGAGUCACAAGAUGAUUCUUAGUUUAUUUACAUUAAUUUACUAAGGAAUGAACUUUAUGAAGUUCUUUUUAAUUUGGUAGGGGUAACCUUAAAAUGAUAACUUUAUGACUUAUUUUAGUAUUGAACAUUAUAAAGAAUUUUAGCAUUAAACAUUUUAUUA